AUGGUCCGUCACAAGAAAAACGAAGAAGAAUACGCAGAUGAAAAGAGAAUAAUAGCCAUUGGUGACGUCCAUAAGAAGUUGGUGCAUGUGAAAAGCCGUCAGGAUCGAGUAAACGAGGCUCUUGAAGCGUUGCAAUGUUAUACGGAUAAAGGAGGCACACUGUCUUUGAAGAAUAAAGCCAAAUCCCUUGCUCUUUAUCAAACGCUAUUGAAAGCUUGUGAAAGCGAGGGAGAGUAUAUCAGGAGACUGCUGUGCGAUAUUGAGAGGAUAAGAAAGUCUGAUUACAAAACGAAGAUGAAGACUCACCUCAAGCGCCAUGUUUUAAUGCAACUUAUCAAUUUGCAGGUGCGUAGUUCGUUAGCAGUUUGAUA